AUGACGAGCGGAUCCUAUACCAACGGCCAGAAUGGCAUCAAUGGUUCUAACGGAACUGGGAGCAAGUCGCUGACAAAUUACAUCGCGUUUCAAGUCGACGGCUCUGCGAGAAAAUCCAUCGGCCAUUACGAUCUCGAGAACAACACUGUUCAGCCACUUGCUUUCGGCUCUGGUACAUUGCUCGAGGACCUCUAUCAAGUCAUUCAGGUUGGAGAAUCCAGCAUCAUUCCCUCGGGAGAUAGUGUGCCUGCCUCUCACGUCAGAAUUCUGCCACCACUCAGUGGCCGAGAUGUACUAUGCGUAGGCAAGAACUACGCUGAGCAUGCCAAAGAGUUCAACGGUUCCGGGUUCGACAGCUCCGACAAGGUCGAUCAGCCCACCCAUCCUGUCAUCUUCACUAAACGAUUCACCUCGAUCAUUGGGGCCGGUCAAGACAUCUACCCUCAUCCUGAUUUCACAAAGACCAUCGACUAUGAGGGUGAAAUUGGCGUCAUCAUCGGUAAAGCAGGCCACCAGAUCUCCGAGGAGAACGCCAUGCAACACGUCUGGGGUUACACUAUCAUUAACGACAUGACCGCUCGUGAAAGGCAGCGUGAUCACAAGCAAUUCUACAUCGGAAAGUCACCGGACACCUUCUGUCCGAUGGUACGUACGCAGACUUGCCCCGUCAAAAGAGAACACAUUGCUGAUUCAAUCGAANNGGGACCGAUCGCUGUGCCAGCAGACAAGCUCAACACAGUCUUGCGCGUGCAGACCAGAGUCAAUGGUGAAUUGAGGCAGGAUGCUACAACGGACGAUUUGAUCUUCAGCAUUCCUUUCCUAAUCAAAACCAUGUCAGAGGGUCAGACACUUAUCCCUGGAGAUGUAUUGGCGACAGGCACCCCUGCUGGAGUCGGAAUUGGCAGAAAGCCUCCAACGUAUCUGACUUCUGGUGACGAGGUCGAAGUGUCAGUGACUGGAUUAGGAUCUCUCAAGAACCGCAUCGGCAGCAGCAUAUCGGAAUACCCUGCCUCUACUGCCCUUCAGAAUAUGGGCAGAGUUCCUUCCUUCAACCUCAAGGCCGUUGAUUCGACUGGCUUGACCAAUAUCAACGACAAGUUGCUGUACUAUCGCCAACAAGGCGAGUCUUCUUCACAUGAUGCAGUAUUCAUCCAUGGAUUGGGUGGUACGUCAGAGUAUUGGACACCAUUGGUGAACGCCGUUGGUCUGUCCCAGACCCACAACCUGCAUUUCUUUGAUCUUGAAGGUCACGGGCUGUCUCCUACCUCCGCCUCCAGCAAGCUUAGCAUCGAAUCUUUUGCGGAAGAUCUCAAGGGUGUAUUCACUCAUGCGGGUAUUUCUUCGGGAGCUACUCUAUUUGCACACUCGAUGGGCUGCCUCGUGGCAGUUAGAUUUGUCCUGGACAAUCCAGAACUAGUCAAGAAACUCAUCCUCGUCGGCCCACCACCCUCGCCCCUGCCAGCUGCUGCCAGCACAAAUUCGCACNNGCGCGCUCACCUCGUUCGCACCCAGGGCAUGUCUGCUGUUGCCGAAACCAUCGUCGCCGCAGGCCUCUCCUCCAAGACCAAAUCUCUCAAUCCCCUGGCCGUCACUGCUACUAAACUCUCACUGCUCGGUCAAGACCCCGAGGGCUAUGCCAAAGCAUGCUCCGCUCUUGCUAACGCAACCACGAAGCUCGACUUUGCUUCUAUCAAGCCACAAACUCUGAUCAUCACUGGCACAGAGGAUAAGGUGUCACCACCAAAGUUGUGUGAGGAAUACGUGGCAUCGCUUCCCAAGGGCAGUUCGGUCGAAAUCUUGCAAGAUGUGGGCCACUGGCACGUGUUUGAAGAUGUUGAUGGUGUUAGACGCGCCGUGUCCGGAUUCUUUUGA